AUGUCAUCCACACGAGUUUUCUUUGAGGUUGGCACAGAGAUUUCUUUGAGGUCCUACAUUCCUGUUGGGGGAUCUUUACCAAACACAGAUCAGAAAAAUCUUGCGUUUGGUGCUGCCGCAAGGUACUCCGUGGUCAGAUCUUUGUCUGAGGCUGAAAGAUAUGCUUCUGCGGUAUCUGACAUCUUUAAGAAACCGAGUGCCUGCAUAACAUUUGCCUGGAAAUUAGCAAAAUUACAGUCCGUCGCUGCUCGGCCGUGGCAGCUCCCCGUCCACGGUGACCACAGCGUCUUCGGCUCCCACGUGCGCCUGUGCCUGGAAGGCAUCCCUCUGCACGCAUGGAACGAUGCCAUCGCCAAGCGUGCGGUGGCUAAGUCCUGUGUGCUGGACUACGUUGAAGCCCAGUCGCUGCGAAUGGAGGAUGCUACGACGCUCAAUCUGUGGGCGUGGGCGCGAAACCCGUCUGACAUACCUAAGGUAACGUGGCUGACCAUUGUUGACAGGAGCAACACUGCCCACGACGCGACACUGGCGGGGCGUAGCGGCUUAACCUUCAGGGUCAUCGUCCACCUUGAUAUGGUGGAAGACCCCCCUACCAGGGAUGGCCAUGGGCAUACACGUGCGUAUGAUUGGCGGCUUGGUGUUGUUGACGGCGAGUGCGAACCACGUGACCGUCACGACCCUCCACCACCUCGCAGCAACCGUCGCAGGGAUGAGGAUGGUGAUAGUGACCGUCGUGGUCGCCGCCCAGGACGCGACGACAGUUGGAGCUCCCGGCUCUUUCGUAGCAUCUCGCGGGCUCCCAGGGACCGCGAGCGGGAGCGCUCGGGGUCGCGCCAUGGCCAGCGCCAUGACUCAUCCGGGCGGCGUCACCACCUCGACGGCGAUCAGCAGCUUCGUCACCACCUCCACGGCGAUCAGCAGCCUCGUCAUGCCGGAGGCGCGUCGUUGGUUACGCCACAUGUUGGUCGUGACCCGGCGAUUGGUCGUGACCCGGCGAGACGUGGACGCAGCCGUGUGCGCCGUUCCACCCGUGUUGCUGUCCGGCGUGGCCGUUCAGCGACCCCCCCACGGCAUCCUGCUCGCCCCAGAUUUCCACCAGGCGCCUGCAGUCCCGGCAUCCGCAGCUCACGCGGUGGUGGCAACGACGGUUCUCCGCGCCCUGCUGUGAAGGCUGCAGCUCUCCUUAAAGGUCGUUACCGCGUUGGCUGCGUGUACCGAAGGCGACCGCGCUUGGUGCCUAAGGGCCAAGUCGAUCCGGUCCCAGGGGCUGCUGCUGGCGGCAGCAACCUUGCUGUCUGGGAUGGCAGCAGGAUGAACUUCGCAGACAACGUAAGUCUCAUCCCAGUGCAGCGAGCAUUCACAACUAUCCUCGAUUCCCUUCCAACAUGCCCUGCUAUGCAGCUACUGCCUUUGGUGCAGUCUGAGGAGGACCAUGUGCUGUUAGGCUCUCCCUGCAGCACGGUUGCUGCGGGCUACAACGCCGAAGCUGUGACGGACUCCAAUGUCGACGCUUCCUCUCGGAUGAUAGCUGCUGUGCAUGAACCUUCAACAGAUGUUGCAGCGGUGUCAACCACCGUGCAAAGCCAUCUACUCAACACCAUAUUCACCAAGCCCUCGCCUGCCAUACUUGAGCGACCAGUGCUACAUCCUUCGGAGGGGGUAACAACACCAGCGACCACUCUAUCUACUAUUCCUGCAGCACCUGCUAGAAGAAUCAAGCAGCGACACGGCUUCAACCUUUCGACGGAAUUUCAGGAUUGGUUCAAGAAGCCACUGACUGUGGAGAUGGGGACGGCCCUAGAUGCUCUGUUCAAUCUUGAUACGCCAGACACAGUUUGCCUCGACAAGGCCUUGAUGGGAAUUGCUGGAGAUGCUAUAGCUGAGAUCCAAGAGGAGGUGGACGCCAUGCAUGCAGAGGCCAGAGCAGUUGCUGCGGCUUGAUUGAUGGCUGUUUUAGCUCCAUGUUAGAUGAUGUGGGUCUGCUUUUGUUAUGUCAAUGAAUCUCAGUUCAGUUUCUACUACUUUUGUGAGCACCCUGGACUGUAUUGGGUUGCUGUUUUGCUUCAGACCUAUAACAGCCAUGCUUGUGUUGGCCCUGGUGGCCCCUUUAAGCUUCACUGUCAUUAUUGUGCAGUGCUGCAAUUUCAUCCAGCUGUCGGUAAUUAAUCGGGGUCCUUUUCUCCUCCAUGUCUGACUUUAGCAUCCUGUGCUGGAAUGUAAGGGGUUUAAAUUUGCAGGCGCGCCGAGAUGCAGUGCGCGCGAUGAUCUCCACCACCACUUGCCAUCUUGCCUGUUUGCAAGAGACUAAAUUAUCAACGGUCGACAGGUCCAUUGUGACGGCGCUUGGAGGACCAAAGCUUAAUAAAUUCAGUUUUAAACCUGCGGAAGGAAAUAGUGGAACCCGGGGUGGUAUUCUUUUGCUUUGGGAUAGCGACCUACUCGAAUUGUCCAAUUUUACUAUCGGAGAAUUCCACAUAUCCGCAAAUGUCUCUCUUAAGGAUCGUCGUGCUUCCUUCUACCUGACAGUCGUAUAUGGACCAUCUUGUAGAGGCCGCAAGCCUGAUUUUCUAAGAGAGAUGAGUGCACAGAGGCCUCCUUCACCUUCCCCCUGGUUGGUCCUUGGGGAUUUCAACUGCACAUACAAAGCAAGCGACAAAAACAAUUCUAGAGUCAACCCUCGCCUAAUGCUUCUGUUCAGGCAAGCUCUUGACAUUUGCGACUUGAAAGAAAUUCCUUUGCAAAACAGGAAGUUCACUUGGAGCAAUGAGAGACGACAUCCCACUCUCGUAAGACUAGACAGAUUCUUCUGCAACUCUGAAUGGGA